CGCGAAAAUUAAACCUUUCAUAUUCUUCAUCAUUUCCAGAGAUUUCCAGACGAAACCAUUAGGGUUCUUACUUUUCUCUCUCAAAACCUUAAACUUUACUUUUCUCUCUCAAAACCUUAAACUGAAAGGGUUAUUCGGAAAAAACGAUUAUCAUGCCAUACAACCCUUUUUUUUUCAUGAAGCAGAGGGUCGAUUUGAAUCCCUCCAUCCGGGAAACCAACACUGAUUCUGGUUCGAAAACAACAGAUCCCGAAAAAGCACCCGGUUUGAUUUCUUCAGAAGCCGCGAAUAAUCCCUCCGAAGAAAUCAACAACCUGCCUCCGGAGAUUUCUUCUCCAUCAAAAUCUGAUCCAUCGAAUUCUGAAACCAUCGGUGAUACCUCGAAACUCCCCCCGACUAAUGCCUCCGACGCCCAGAACGAACUUCUACCGGUGAUGUCCUCACCAUCUAGAUCUAACACAUCGAACCCGGGUGAAGACGCCUCUUCCAAUCCAGACGAAUCGGCGCCUGAUCUCCUAGUGAAUUUCUCUCCAUCUAGAUCGAAGACAACAGAUCCAGAACUAUGCGCCGGUUCUGCUUCACCCAUUUUGGACCCAAGUUCCACGGAAGUCGACAACCAUCUCCCCUCGGAAUCUACAAUACCAGCAAGUGAUGUUCCAUCGACUUCUCGUAUCCCUUCAGAGAGUUCUCCAGAUCUUCUCCCUCCUCGGUUGUUUGCUACAGAUCGGUACCCUGUCAGAGGGCGUAUCAAUUCAUACUCGAGACCAGAGUAUUUGCUAGACCUUGUUGAAGUAUUAGAUGAAAAAAAGAAGAUGCAGACUGCAAAACCUGGUGAGGCUGCUUACUUCAACACUCUAAUAGGUCCCAAUAAAACAUACUCCAUCCGGGAGAUUGUUAGUAUGCUGCAGCGUGAUAAGCGGUUACCCAGUUCCAAAAGAAUGAGUGGUGAACGUAGGCUCCGCCUGGCUCUGAUUGUUAUAGUUGAGGGUAUAUUGGUUUGUAAUUCUUCUGCUGUUAAAGCUUCCAAGAAAGUGGCAGAGAUGUUGAAGGAUGUCGACUCAUUUGUCAAAUACCCAUGGGGGCGCAAGUCAUUUAAAAGGAGUCUUGAGAUGGUCAAACUUGGGCCAUACAACCAAUCUGUCUCCUUUCUUGUGGAUAAACUAUGUCAGUCCCAUACAGCUACUCACGGCUUCACUCUCUCUUUCCAACUGUUGGCCCUACACGCAAUUCCUCUUCUUCAAAGGUAUUUACCUGACUUAAACGAUGAGCAGACGUUUACUGACAGGUCUGUGCUUCAACUCACACAGUUAAAGACCUUUCAUAAUUCCAACAUCUUGCAAACAGAGAAUGAUCCGAAUGUUGAUAUUGAGUGCAUUCUACACACUCAAGAUGAGGAUGAUCUCCAAGACUUCUCAUGGACUGAUGAGGUUGAAGAUUUGGCUGUGGACAACAUAUUCAACAAGUUGAAGGAUGGGCAUGUUUUCAAUAAAUCAGAUUGGCAUGGUGGUGUCUCACAUCUACCAUUAUUAUCUGAUGCAAUGUUAGCAGCGGCUGCUAAAACAAAGAAUGUCUCCAAACCAAUACAGAAGAAGCAGGGAACCAAAAAGGCAUCUAAACCAAAGCCAGACAAAGAGAUCCCUGAAGCCAGCAAUUCCCCAAAGGUUCCUGAUGAUGUUGAUGUAUCCACACGAGAACAGAUCCUUCGUGAGGUUGAACGGAGAAACAAUGAGCACACAUCCCAAAUCAAGGAGAUGUUGAGAAUUGAGAUGGCUCUAUACAAAGACGAGAUUGUGGACCAGGUUAUACGCAAUUUGAAGGAAAAUGGUGUCAAUAAUAGCUCUGUCAAAUUGUCUACCAAUGACACUAUGCCUCGGAAUAAUAAAUGGGAUUGCUCUGAUCAUGGUACAACUUUCACAGACAUUCUGAACAAGGUAUCCAUAGCUUGCAAGGAUCCGAUAUGGCUAAUCAGAUUUGUUUAUUUGUUCUUUGUUGAGAAUUCUCUCUUUCUAUAGAGGUAUAAAAACUUGUGUAUUGUGCAUUACAUUUGAGGGAAGCGAAGCUUCACUAGUUUUGUUUAGACAAAGAGUGUGAAAGAAAGAAAGGUGCAUGGAACACGAAUUUCACAGAAUAAGCUGCGAAGAGUUCA